AGUCAAGGCUUGAAAGCAAAACAUUGGCACGGUUUGAAACCCACCUUUCAUUUGCUUGUGUUGUACAAUGAAGCUAUUUCUAUUUCUCCUAUUCGUUCUGGCUGUCUCUGCUGGAAACAGAAGACCGGCCAAGAGCAGAAGUCAAAACCUGAUCAAAAGAUUGGCGUGUACCAAUAAACAGUUCACCUGUAAGAACGGUCAGUGUGUGGACAUCGAGUGGGUCUGUGACACGGUGCACGACUGUGAUGAUUUCUCAGAUGAGGUCAACUGCCCCACUGAUUGUUCCCAUCCUAACCAGCUGAAGUGUGCCAAUGGACAAUGCACUUCCAGGGAUUUCAUCUGUGACGGGUCCAACGACUGUGGGGAUCUCUCGGACGAGAAGGAUUGUGAACACUUCCCCUGCCCUGACGGCGAGCUGAAAUGUAGUAACUUUCUGUGCAUUGAGUCCUACUGGAAGUGUGAUGGCUACAACGACUGCGGCAAUGGCUGGGACGAACAAGGCUGUACUACCACUGGAAAGUAGUCUACUCAUUAGUUAGUGCUUACUUUGUAGUACAUACUCUUUGUAAAAAUAUCGCAUUCAAAUGUAAAUUAUUAAAAUAAAAUUCCCCUUUUAAAA